GUUCCCUCCUUCCUCCCAGCGGCGCGUCCCCGGCCGGCCGUGCGGCCGUCGCUGCGUCCGGGCGCCCCGCGAGCCGGAGGUGCCGAAGCGAGAGGCCCCGCGGCGGCGCGUGCGAGCGCGGCCGGACGGCAGAUUUGAUAAUGGGCUGCAUUAAAAGUAAAGAAAACAAAAGUCCAGCCAUUAAGUAUACACCGGAAAACCCUCCAGAGCCUGUAAGCACAAGUGCCAGUCAUUAUGGAGCGGAACCUUCUACAGUUGCCCCGACCUCCUCCACAAAAGGAGCAUCAGUUAAUUUUAACAGUCUUUCCAUGACACCAUUUGGAGGGUCCUCUGGGGUGACUCCUUUUGGAGGAACAUCUUCCUCAUUCUCAGUGGUGCCAAGUUCAUAUCCUGCAGGUUUAACAGGUGGUGUCACUAUAUUUGUGGCCUUAUAUGAUUAUGAAGCUAGAACUACAGAAGACCUUUCAUUUAAGAAGGGUGAAAGAUUUCAGAUAAUUAACAAUACGGAAGGAGACUGGUGGGAAGCAAGAUCAAUUGCUACUGGAAAGAAUGGCUAUAUCCCUAGCAAUUAUGUAGCACCUGCAGAUUCCAUUCAGGCAGAAGAAUGGUAUUUUGGCAAAAUGGGGAGAAAAGAUGCAGAAAGAUUACUUCUGAAUCCUGGGAAUCAGCGAGGUAUAUUCUUAGUAAGAGAAAGUGAAACUACUAAAGGUGCUUAUUCCCUCUCAAUUCGUGAUUGGGAUGAGGUAAGGGGUGACAAUGUGAAACAUUACAAAAUCAGAAAACUUGACAAUGGUGGCUAUUACAUCACGACCAGAGCUCAAUUUGAUACUCUGCAGAAAUUGGUGAAGCACUACACAGAGCAUGCUGAUGGUUUAUGCCACAAGUUAACAACUGUGUGUCCAACUGUGAAACCACAGACUCAAGGUCUAGCAAAAGAUGCUUGGGAAAUCCCUCGAGAAUCUUUACGACUAGAGGUUAAACUAGGUCAAGGAUGCUUUGGCGAAGUAUGGAUGGGAACAUGGAAUGGAACCACAAAAGUAGCGAUCAAAACACUAAAGCCAGGUACAAUGAUGCCAGAAGCAUUCCUUCAGGAAGCUCAGAUAAUGAAAAAAUUAAGACACGAUAAACUUGUUCCACUAUAUGCGGUUGUUUCUGAAGAGCCAAUUUAUAUUGUCACUGAGUUUAUGUCAAAAGGGAGCUUGUUAGAUUUCCUUAAAGAAGGAGAUGGAAAAUAUUUGAAGCUUCCACAGUUGGUCGAUAUGGCUGCUCAGAUUGCUGAUGGUAUGGCAUAUAUUGAAAGAAUGAACUAUAUUCAUCGAGAUCUCCGAGCUGCUAAUAUUCUUGUAGGAGAAAAUCUUGUAUGCAAAAUAGCAGAUUUUGGCUUAGCAAGAUUAAUUGAAGACAAUGAAUACACAGCAAGACAAGGUGCAAAAUUUCCAAUCAAGUGGACAGCUCCUGAGGCUGCACUGUAUGGUCGAUUUACAAUAAAGUCAGACGUGUGGUCAUUUGGAAUUUUACAGACAGAGCUGGUAACAAAGGGGAGAGUGCCAUAUCCAGGUAUGGUAAACCGUGAAGUGCUGGAACAAGUGGAGCGAGGAUACAGGAUGCCUUGCCCUCAGGGCUGUCCAGAAUCCCUCCAUGACUUGAUGAAUCUUUGCUGGAAGAAGGAUCCUGAUGAGAGACCAACAUUUGAAUAUAUUCAGUCCUUCUUGGAAGACUACUUCACUGCUACAGAGCCACAGUACCAACCAGGAGAAAAUUUAUAAUCGAGGCAGCCUGUGUGCGCAGAUCUGCUGAAACAUAGAGACCUUGUGUCAGUUCCUCCCGCACAGGAAUAAGAUGACACUAUUCGCUCUGCAUGUAAACUGGUAAACUGGAAUUCCAGAUAUGGUUGCACAAAACCACUUUUCCCCCCCAAGUGUUAAACUCUAAAGUACCAAUGAUGCAUCCUACAACUCACUUCAGGGUCCAAAGCAAGUAGAACUAAGAUAUUGUGACUGUAUGGGUGGUACCAUGGUAAGAAAGAGCAACAAGACUACUGUUUACUUAGUCGCUUCCUUUUCUUCCCCAGACUCAGAAUUGCUAAGAGAAAACUAUUUAUUGUUAUGGACAAAACUUGGGCCAUUAUACCACAGUAAAAUCUAAAAUCAAAGAACUUCCUGGGACCAAAUAAUUCCAUUCCAGCUUUUAAAUUUUCUUCCAUUUUUUUUCAAAAAAAAAAAAAAAAUUUUUUUUUAUUUUGUUUUUUCCAUUUAACAGUCGGCAUGCAGUCUUAACAGAGGCCUCCUUUGUGAGAAAAAGGGCCAAGUCUUCCAAAAGCAAAAAAUGAAUUACGAAUUAUAAAUGUCAUCAAAAACUUGAUUAAUGUGAGACCACAGCUAUGGGAUUUGCAAGCAUAAAACACUAUGCUCACACUUUAUUCAUAGAAAUGGAAAGUAGAAAAAAACAAAAUUUUCACUUCAGUCAUUUCUUGAACUGUUCAGCUUAAAAUAAUGAAGGUAACCAGAAAGUGGAUUAAUCUUUUACAAGCUUGUAUUGAUUUUUUAAAUAUAUAUAUAUAUGUGUAUAUAUAUGUAUAUAUAUAUGUGUGUAUAUAUAUGUAUAUAUAUAUAUACACAUAUAUAUAUAUACACACACAUAUAUACAACUGAAAUUAAACUAUCUAGUCCAAGGGAAAAUUUUUUUUAAUACUUGUAUAGCAUUUAAGCAGUCAGUUAAAAAAGCACAGAUGGAGCACUGUGAGGCGUUGCUAAUAUGCGUUUAUGGUGAUGCCUCCACAGACAGAAAACAUCACUAGAUCAGGGACUUGGAUGCACUUUGCUUGUAUUGAGUAUAAAACAGAAGAGAGAAAAUGUAUUUAAAGAAGUAUGAGAGAAGAGAAUGUGAAAGUUUUACAGGUAUUGGGAUGGGAGGAAUGUUUAAUGUUGGUGUUGUGGAGUGACAACAUGGCUUUGCUGGCACUCAGAGUUCCUUAUUAGCCGUUUUCUUAGACUUUAAAAGUUAUAAAGAAUAUACUAAUAUUUCAUACACUAAAUAAGUUUUACUUCCUCAAAAUAGUGACGAUAAGGCUUUACACUAAUUUCAGUGGCCCAGCUUUUAUACAAAACUUUUUAGAACACCAAUUUUCAAAUCUAUGUUUGAAACUUGUAAUUUCAAAUAUGCUUGAUGGUUAUAUUUUCGUUUUAUAAUUAAUUUGAAGAAGAAUACUUAUUCUGAGUACCAUAAUUUAAAGGGGCAAAAUUUUGCCUAUUUAAAGUGCAGAAGUUAAACAUCCAAAAUGGGAGUUUUUCUAACUCAGCAAUUAUGAGAUGUUAAUUUGAACUGAGUAGUGUUAAUGGUUUAAGUCUAGCAAGGGAAAACAGUCUGCUAAAUAAAAUAAAAGUUUCUAAUAUUUAUGUUUUAAAUGCUGUGCUUUAUAAUUACACUUUAAGGUAUAUCAAUUUCUUUUACUUUUAGCAUAUGAUUAUGAACUACCAUCAUUUUAAUCGCUAAAUUUAAAGAUCUGUGCCAUGGUAAAUAUGUUCAAAUCUAAAUCUUUUUAAAUGUGACAAGUGAGCUUAAUGCAAGUUGGCAAAAGUUCUGGUACUAAAAGUUGUAUUUGUUUUUCUUUUUAUUUAACCUAUUUAGUACCAAAUCCUCUGCCAAGAGGGUCUCCUGAGAAGAGUGGGUCCUUAUUUGCCCUGAUACCUGCAGUCUGUGACAUGAGUGUUCUAAAGGGCUUCGUGUAAACUAUGGUAUUGUAGUUUAUCUAAUCAUUUUUUAAAGGUAGUAAGAUUAUGUUUAUGUACUAAUGCUGAUCAGAAAAAUAAGACAGGAAAAGUUGAUGGCAUUCUUUAGAUCUCUAAAAUGUAAUGUUUUUUUAUAUUUUAACUGAACAGAGCAGUUCCUUCUAAUAACAUUUGUAUAGUAAGGGUACAGCAUUAACUUAAUGUGUAUUCAGUUUAAAUUGUUAUGUAUUUUUAAAUUGUCAAGGAAAAGAAACAGUUUUGUACAUUUAAACAUUUUUUUUCUCAGCGACUUUCAUCUUCAUUGUCUUAAAAUGAAACUUUAACCCUUACCAAAAAAGGAAGCUGGCAAAAACAGCCUUCUAGCACAAACACUUUUUAAAUAAAUAAUGGUAGCCAAAAACAAUAUUUUUAUAAAAUAUUGUAAUAUUGUUUUGUGGAUAAUUAAAAUAAAAAUUCUUUGUUGAAUGCA